AUGGCAGCUCUUGGACUCAUCUAUUUUGUAUGUACACUCUUUAUUGGAGUGGCUGCUUUUGUUUGGAGAAAAUUCUUUUCUUCGAAUGCUAAUAAUACGACAACAACGACUACAACUUCUUCAUCAUCGACAUCGACAUUGGGUGAUGAGUUGGUUCAGAAAGAUGUUUCUUCUAAAGUUUCACCUAGAGUAUUGGAAACUGGAAGAAAGGAAGAGGAAAUAUUGGAUGAAACAUUGAAAUCUGUAUUGGAGGAAUCUGGUAUAUUUAUUGAAACUAAUGAUGUGAAGGAGGAACCAAUUAGUGUGGAAGAAUCAUCAGACGAAACCUUGUCGGAAGUAAAGACAGACGAAAUUCAAGAAGAAUUGGAAGAAGUUUCUACACCACAACAAGAAGAAGAAUAUCAAGAAACAUUUACUGAAGAAAAACAAAUUUCCAUACCAGAAGAGUUAUCGGAAACUUGUCAAGAGGAAAUUCUGUCCCAAACCAAAGAUAUUACCGACAUGAAAGAGGAAGAACAUUUGACUGAUAUCACAGAAAGUCAGCAAAAGGACAUCACAGAAGAAGAAAUAGUGGAAGAUUCUACUACAGCAGUGGAGGACAAUGCUAAGGAGAGCAUUGUUGUUCCAACAAUUGUUACAGAAGUAAAAGAGGAGAAAUCAGAACCUAGUGAAUUGUACAUAACUUGCCUGAUUGUAUUGCAGGCAAUUAUUCGAGGAUACUUACAAAGACAUUCAAUGGGACAAGUGAAAGAAACUCUCUCAAUGAUAACACAAGGACUGUUAAACUCUUUCAAUAUCAGAAGUGAACUUGAAGAAGAAAAGAACAGUUUGACAACAAUGCAAUCAAUUGUGAGAAAUUCCAACUCUGUUAGGAAAUUUAUGGAUGAAAAACAAAAAGUACAACUCAUUCAAGCUUUUAUUCAAUCCAAGUUGGAAUUUGUGAAAUCUUCGGAACAAAAAGACAAGGUAAUAGAAUUGCAAUCCAUACUCAAAUCAAAGCUCUUAAUGAAGAAUCUAAAGAGUUUAUUAGAAAGUGUAUCUACAUUACAGAGCUUUUUGCAUUCUAAAAUAGUAGAGGAGAAUUAUGUGAGUACUGUAUCAACAAUCCAAUCUCUGCAAGCAAGAGUUCGAUCAAACUAUGAAUCCAAACAAGUGGAAGAAGGUUUAAAGAGCUUGGAGAUUUUGCAAUCCAGAUGCUUGAAAUCUAUAGUAGAAAAGGAUUUAAGGAAUCAAUUAGAAAAAAUCACCAUCCUACAAUCAAAGGCACGCACAUUUAUUAUUGGUAAAAAGUUAAGAAAUGAAAUUGAGAAUUGUAAAUUAAUUCAAAGUGCUUGCACAGCAUACUUGAAGCAAAAACAAAUUCUCCAUUUAGAAAACUUAUCAUCAAUGAUUCAUUCAUUUGCUGCUAGUAAGCAAGAUAGACUCAACUAUAGAAAUAAUGUGGAUAAUGUCAAAACUUUGGAAUCCGUUAUGAGAGGAUACUCCCAAAGAAACAGUAUGACAAAUGUAUUGCACGCCAUUACAGACCUGCAAUCUCAUUUAAUUGGACAAAAUUCAAGAAAGUCGUUGCAUAAGAGUAUUGACAGAGCCAACACACUAUUGGCUCUUUCUAAGGCAAAAUGCUACAAGAAAUCAUUAAUGGUUGACAAGUCACGACUCGUAAUAUUACAAGCACUUGCUAGAUCGAGCAUUACCAAUAGAAAACUGAAUGCCAAACAAGCAAGCGAAGAGGACUUGGCAUUAUUAGUCCAAUCUCUACAUAAUGGUUCAAAGUUGAGAUCAGAACAUUCCGAGAAAGUGAGGAGUGUAAACCUCAUUAAUAGUUUACUCUCAGCAACUAAAUCAAGAAAUACUUUCAACAAAGAAAAGCUCUCAAUUCAAACCAUUCAAGCAGCUCUCAACAGCCACAAAGUCCAACAUUUACACUCGAACGACAUGUCCAACAUUGGCCUUAUUCAAUCUGUGAUAAUUGCAAAAAAGGCAAAUGAUGUCAAAACUACAGCAACCAACAAUAUAAUUCUCCUACAAUCAUUAAUAAGAGGAAGGCAAAUUCAAAAAGAAAAGUCUCACAACCUUGAUCAUGCACAUGUUUUGACAGCUUUCAGCAAAGGAAGAUUGAUGUUACACCUUUUCGAGUCACAAGUAGCUACCACCACCAAAAUCCAAAGUUUUACUAGACAAUACACAUCCCGAAAACAAAUGAUGAAAGAGAUUGAUAAUGUUUGUCUCUUGGAAUCUUUGUGCACUGGGUUUGUGGAAAGAAGAAAUCUUUCAACAGAAAUUUCUAAUAUUUUGCAAUGUCAAAGUUUGAUUAGAGGAUUUAUGACAAGAAAAGUCAGAGUUUCGGAUGAUCAAAUUGAUCAAUUAGAGAAGAAAACACAUUUCGUCUCCAUGAUACAAUCAUCUAUGGAUGGUAGAAAUAUUCGAAAGAUUAGAGAACAAGCAGCUGCUCAUGUGAAACUUUUCCAAGCUGUUUCUAGGGCCUUUUUAACACUAGACAGCUAUCAACAACAACAAAUCAUCUCCUUGCACUUGCAAUCUAUUUGUAGGAGUGUUAUGGAAAGGAAAGCACUUUCAACUGACUUGAAUAAUCUUCUUGGGUUGCAAGCUCUGUGCAGGAGUAGAUUAAUUACUAACAGGUCCAAAGUUGACAAAAAUAGAGUUCAAAUAGUGCAAUCAAAUAUUAGAAGAUAUUUGGCACACAAACACUUGGAUCAAGAAAAAUUGAGAGUAGCCAAUUUACAAAGUUUGAUUCGUGGAUUUGCUAACAAACAAUUUGUCAAGGAUCAAAUUGCUAGAGUGACAGUUAUGCAAUCCAUGACUAGGGCAUACUCUUACAGAAAACAAAUGAAAAAUUCACAAUCUAGAAUCAAUAUAUUACAAGCUAAGAUAAGAGGAUAUUUAGAAAAAACAAGAAUUGAAGGACAAAACUCUCUUUCUAACAAUCUAGGAUCUGUCAUGAAAGGAUUUGCCCAAAGAGUCAAGCUAUUCAAGGCAAUAACCAGCACUAUACCAACUAUUCAAUCCUCUGUAAGACAAUUUGCAUUGCGUAAAGGAAUUAGUGAAUCAUUGGGUGCUAUCAUAAAUAUUCAAUCACUGUGCAGAAAACACUUGCAAAGUGAAAGCAAGCCCCUCUCUUUGAAUAGAAUAUUAUCCCUUCAAGCACUAAUUAGAACAUACUCUAAGGGAAAACACACAAAUCAACAGUUGGGCAAGAUUCCAUAUAUUCAAGCUCUUUUCAGAGGAAAGCAGGCAAGAAAAACCAUUGUCAAAUCCUCAGAUGUUUCACCUAUUCAAGCAGUUGCUAGAUCACUCAAACAGAGACGUGUUAUGGAACAAUCCGAACAAGGUAUUACCAAAAUUAGUGCAGCUCUUCUUGGUUAUUCCAAGAGAAGAGAACUAUUCCAAAGUAUGAAGAACAUAACUCACUGUCAAACUAUUCUUAAAACAGUGCUUUCAUCCAAUGAUUUGAGAAGCCAAACGAAACAGUCUCUUGAUUUGAUAUCUAAUUUGCAACAAAAGCUUAAAACUAGAUUGGAAUUGGAACGUUUUGAAAAGAAAAAGAAAAGUAGCCUACUUUUACAAUCUUUGGCUAGAGGCUGCACUAUACGAAAGUUUAUUAGAAACUCUGUCAAACCUUCAGUUGAACUUAUUGAUUCACUCUGUAUUGGUCACAUAGAAAGAGAAAACCACAGAGACAAAGUUGAAAAAGCAACAUUAUUACAAAGCAUCAGCAGAAGAGCCCAAGCAUGCAACCAAAUUUCUGAACAAAGACAAAAGUUAUUACUUCUUCAAGCAGCUUUCAAAUCAUGGAAAACUCGAGAUACUUUCAAGAAGGAACUAGAGGAUAAAAUUAUUCACGAGCUUGAAGAUAAAAUUAAGAGAGUUGUUGUCAUUCAAGGCUUUGUAAGAGGUUACCUCUUCAGAAGAGAUAACUUACUCUACACAAAGAGGAGACAGGAAUCCCCAACUCAACAAAUUAGUGAACUACCUUCCACUGCUGAAAUUUUACGUCAACUCUAUCAAAAUGAUGAGUUUGGAGACAAUGAAGAUAGUGAGGAAGAAGUACAACUGGAAUAUCCAGAAGAAGCUGAUGACAUUCCAGAGCCAGUUAUAAUUGAGGAGCCACAUGUUGAAGUAACUGUUAAUAGUUUCCUGGAUACUCCAUCUUCUCCUGAGGAGCUACCAAGUAUUAUUCCAAUUCCUCUUCACAGAAGGACUUCCAAUGCACCACUUCCUGCUAUCAAUAUUACAGCAUCCACCCCAACACCAACAACAACCGUAACUCCUUCUGUAUUCUCUAAAGAACCAGUUGGUAUUACCUCCUCAACUAAAAAUACUCGUCUUCCAAGUCAAAAACCUCCAACCAGAAGACAACUCAUUCAAAAUAUUAUUGAGGAAUGUAAAAGAACAAAGAAUCCAGUCUUGAAUCUGUCUGGUUAUGAUUUGGAAACUUUACCAUACUCUGCCAUUGAUUGCAAACAUGUCACAGAACUCAUUUUGUCUCAAAAUAAUCUUGUCACUUUACCUUCAUGGUUUGUUGAUACAUUUAGUGAUUUGAAAGUGUUAGACUUGAGUGGAAAUCAACUUUAUGAGCUUCCAAUUGAUUUGGCAAGGCUUUCAUUGACAAGUAUUAAUUUGAGUAAUAACAAGUUGGAAUUUUUACCUCAAGCAUUGAACGAAAUGAACACAUUGACCAAGAUUGAUAUUAGCGAAAACGUGCUUCUCAGUUUACCAAGUACUAUUAGUCAUUUGGUUAAUGUUGAAGAGUUGGAUAUUUCCAACAAUUACCUAAUGACAUUGCCUGAUGAUAUCAAAAAAUUGAAAAAGCUCAAGAACUUCCAAUAUUAUAAUAAUGAAUAUCUUCAAUCUGAAAUUUCUAAAAUUGCAGAGGUCAUUAGCGCAGUAUCUGGAGAAAAAGCAAAGACCAUUAUUCAAAAAUUGAGAAAUGAAGACAGCAUGGGAUAUAAGGAAAUUGGCUUAUCCAACAAACAUAAGGAAAACAACUUAUUCUUGGAUCCUUAUGAUCUGACAGAUAUGUCAGAGGCAACUGAAAUGUAUAAUGGUGAAGAUGGUGAAUCAGAUUAUAGUAUGACAGAUGAUGUUGUACUGUCUCCAAGAUUAAUGAGAAAUAAUUCCUCUGCCACUAUGGUAGAAACAGACACCACUUCAACUCCAAUGACACCAAUAUCUGGAAGAAAUAAUGACUAUCUGGAUACACCUCCUACUCAUACACUUUCUGUAACAACAGAAGAAUAUGGAACACCAUGUAUCACCCCACCAGCAAUUUCAGAUUCAGAUUCUGAAUCUGAUGUCACCCCACCAAAAUACAAUCCACCUGUCACUAUUCCUCAAAUCAAAUUAGAAGUUAUUGAAAAUUUGGAUUCACCUUCAUCAUCUCCUGCUGAACAUUCUCCAAUUUCUAUGCAUCCUCCAAAAGUAAUCAUGACUGAAGAGGAUAAGAAGGUCAACUUUGGACAACUCAACAAGGAAGGAAAUGAAAAAUCCUUGACAGAUGUUGUUCACAUGGAGCAUCCACUAUUUGCUACUCCAAAGAUUAGACCAGUUAGUGCCUCCUACAAGAAGGUAGCACUUGAAGAGUCUGAAGAAGAAAGAAAAGAAAGAGAAGCAAAAGAAAACAAAAAAUCAAAGGAAAGAAUUAACAUGGUUCUUGAAAUUCUUGAAAGUGAAAGAAAAUAUGUCAAAUAUCUGGAUGUUUUGUGGGAUUUAUUCUAUGAACCAAUUGUAAAUAACUACUUCCCAGCUGAUAAAAAUAAGAAUCCAGAAGAAAGUGAACGAUUGGUACCUAAAAUGAUUGCCAAGAAUUUCUUCCCUAAUGACUUGCUUACCAUCAAGACUUUCAACAAGAACUUCCUUGUCAAACUUGAAGACAGAUUUAAGAUUUACAAAGGUGAUCCAACAAAGAUUUAUGACAUGUUGAUUGGAGACUUGUUUGAAAAGAUUGCUCCAUUCUUUAAAAUUUACACUUCCUAUCUGAGUUCAUACGAAUCUACAAUGAAUAAGAUUAGAGAAUACAGAGCUGAAGACAAGAUUUUUGACAAGUGGCUUGACAAGAGGAAAACCCAUCCAAGAUGUGCAGGUUUGGAAAUUGGUAGCUUUUUAAUUAUGCCAGUCCAAAGAAUUCCAAGAUACAAGUUGCUAUUGGAAAAUUUGUGCAAGAAUACACCCCCAGAUCAUGCCGAUUACUCCAACUUGAUAUCAGCCAUUGAGAAAAUUACAGAAUCUGCCACUACUCAAAAUGCUAAAAUUAAGGAAACCAACAAUCGUAUCAAAGUUUAUCAAUUAUCCAGACUAAUGAAAUUGAGUGAUUUAGUCCAACCACACAGAAGAUUGAUCAGAGAGGGUGAAAUUGUUUUUGGAGAUCAACCAAAGAUUGAAUAUAAGGCCUAUCUCUUCAAUGACAUUUUCGUAUUCAGAGAAAAGAAGAGACAAAAGACCAAAGUUGCCAAAUCAGUGAAAGCUUACUCACUUCUCGAUGCAUUCAUUAGUGGAGGUGGUCAGAAUAGACUCUCCAUGAUUCUACUCAACGCAGAAAAGAACAAGACAGUAGAAAAGGAAAUCCUAUUCCCUUCACAUGAGGUUAAAAUGGAGUGGGUAUUGGAAAUUGAGAAGGCACUCGAAGAGGUCAGAGAAAAACGUGAACUCAUCUCGAAAGGAACAAAGGCCAUCGUGAGAACUAGUAGUAGAGCUGGUAGAUUUUUCAGAGCUCUCAAAUCACCAGGUAGAAAGGGUGAUCUCUCUCCAACCUCUUCAAAUCUUUCCUCCACCACUAUUGGUCAACCUUCAACUCCAUCAACAUCUGCUCCUGAGCUAAGAGGCGUUACCAGAACCAAUUCCACUGUUUCAGAUCAAUCCACAACAAGUGUUGUCUCCAAUUUGUCGGUCAUUUCAUCAACCUCUAAUGUUGCCUCUUCCUCAACUUCCUCUCUCAGCAGUAGUAGUGAUGGAAAGAAAAAGUCAAUCCUCGGUAAAAUCAUGAUGGGAUUUGCCACCAACAAGAAAAAGUAA